UACGAGUGAUUUAUAAAUGACUAUGCUCGAACUAAGGAGGCAAUUUCCGACCAAGAGUGAACAUCGGGAAGAAAUCUGUAAAUACGUUGGCACGUCAUAUCCGAGGAUAAAACCUUUGAGAGAAAACACGAUCUCGUAUGUGAUCACAACAAUAUGGUCAAAAAUGUCCUCCUCCUCAUGUAUUGUUAUUCUUAUUUAGGUUGUGACGUCUGUGGCCAAAGAGCAUGCAAUGAAGACAGUAAUGUACUGGACAGUUGUGAUGGUCGCGUAAUCUCCAAUAAUAACAUUUAUGUUGACUUUGGUGUAAUCAAAUACAAGUGUUCAUGCUCUUUUAACUUUACAUUCAAUCCACAAUUAUUUUAUUUGGCGUCUAUAAAUCCUGGUUUUGAUGACUGUGGAACGGCCAUACAAAUCAAAGAGAUGAACAAUAACAUAUUUAGUAUUCAAUGUAUGUCAUCAGUACCUCCCACAGUGUCUUCUUCGCAAUUCACUACAGUGGAGUUGACUUGUGAUUAUCCUAGGGAUUACAAUUAUUGCAAAUAUACAGGCUACUGCUUACGUGUUUUCUCUAACGAUGCUUCGAUAAAAGUUCAUGGGUAUUGCCAAUCCAUACCCCAACCUUCGUCAUCAAGCAAAACAACUAUAACUACAACUCAGAGCGUCCCAAAAAAUUCAACUCGGAGCGUUCCGACACAUUUAACGCAAAGCGUCACGACAAAUUCGACGCAGAGGAACAUUAACCAAAAAGACAAUAUAGCAAUUACAACGCCAAAAGAAUAUCUAUUUUUUCUAGCCGGAGCUGGUGGAAUAGUCUUGGUGAUAGCCUUAGCAGUUAUGAUGAUUGUUAAACGGAAAAGCAAUAAGAAAAGUUUAUCAAAGAAAAAGGUGACGGAUAAUAUAUAUCAUGUAAGGAAUGACGAAAGGUUACACGGAGAAUUAAACCAUACUUCAGUUGAACAAUCCGCAGUCAAAGCAGACAUUGGCGGAUCGCAAUAUGAUCAAUCCGACGAGAAUCGAGGUAGUGGAUACUGGAUGGUUGAAAACUCCUUUUACUUAUCAGCUGGCAAUGUUGUUACAGACAAUGAGGAUGGUCGUCAAAAUGAUUUGGACAUUAAUCCGUCUGUUUAUUCAGAAAUAAACGACUCUGGAAACAACGUUAAUCAUAAGAAUACGUUUGAGUAUCAUUAUGACUAUGCUAAGGUUACAGGCUCCCAAUAAGUCAAUAAGUACGUUCUCUAAUUAAAAAAAGGAUUAAAUUACGUAGUUUUGUUUUAAAUAUUUUGAUAAUGUUCUUUUGAUCUAUUUUUUUAAUGAACGUUUAUAAGAGAACUAUUUAUGGUUUUUACUUUCUUAGUAAAAUGUAUAUUUUUUACGAUUGCUGAGAGAGAAAAAGAGAGAGAGAAAUGUUAUAAGUUAAAGAACUUUUGUUAUAGCGCCAUUAUUAUUUUUUUAUGUUUCACAACAAAUUAAGGUUGAAUGAGUGUACAGAUAAACUCUCCCCUUUAAAAAGUGAUUUACAUGUACAUGCAAGUUACAAGGAAGUUAGAUGAUGCUUCAUUUUUCAAUGUCUUUAUUAUACCAUACUUACACAUCUGUCCAAUUAUGUACACAUUGUUUGUGCUUGAUUUUAAUCAUCACCAAAUAAUUUUUGUUGC